GCGUGAGGCCGAGGAGUCCUGAGGAGGAAGAAUUUAACGGCAUCGACCACAAAAACAGACGAAUGGAACCAGCUGUCGGCUUCGUGUCCACAUUUAUACAUCACCUCCAGGGUUUUUGACGCCUCUGAAUGGACAACAACACACCUCGUCUGACCCACUGGCCUUUAUUUCUUCAUGUUUCCAUCUUUUUUUCACUUUUUGCCUUCAAGGUUGUUUCUGAAAAAGACACGGUCCAUUUACAUUGAUGCUCUACAGAAGGACGGGGUUGUUUCGGUUCUGAAAGAAAGAAAGAUGAAAACACGCCCAGACCACUUACCCCCAUCGGUCUUUUAGGAAAACAGAGACGUUGGAUUAUCGAGUGGAGCCUUUUAGGAUUGAAAUGAAUGUCAUUUCCUGCUGAAACUCCAGGCAGGGUUCAGAGGUCGUCUUCUGGAAUAAGAGCAGUAUUUAUCUGUCAGUUUGUGGAUGUUUUUAUCUUUGAAGUCAGACACAUUUCCAUCUAAAUGGCGAGCGUUUCAACUUUCUGAGGCACUGAUUCUAAAACACUUGGACAGCUGGAGUCAGAAAAGCAGAUUUUUAAUCUCAGUAAUUGGACCCAUUUAGCAUCAUUUGCCUUUCACUCUAUAAAACCGUCUGAAUUGGUCUUCAAUAACAAGAUUUCUUUUGAUUUUAUUUUAUUUAUUCAUUUUUUUAUUCACUGCUACUGCACAUAGGGUGCUAAUGUUUUCACGUACACACACACUCAGACACAUAUUUUGGACUGUUUUAUAUCCAGUGUUUGCUGUCGCACCUUAAAAAGCACAACAUCCUCAGAUUUAGCUCCCAGCCGUUUGGACUGUACCAUUUUUUUUUUUUUUUUGUGAAAUUAACGAGCUGUUGCCGCCGUUUUCCGGCCAAUUAACCUCAACAUUAACUCCUGGCAAUCAGGUCUUUCCUGCAGCCUCUUGUAGGAAACAUUUUAAUGAGUUUUAUUUAAAUUAGGAUGUUAAUAUAGGUGAUUAGGCAUGUCAGGACGGGAGCUGCCGCUUAUCUGUGAUAACAACCAAGAAUGUGACUGCGGGAUGUUUUUGAAUACUCCGACAUGUGAUGAUGGUGGCCGAGCUACAGACUCGACCACUUUAAGGCCUUAACACCAACUGUAUAUUAUAAAUUAUCUUGACUUUCACCUUCAAGCAAUGAUGGGGCUUGGAUACCUAUGAAAUAUUUUAAAGAAAGUGGAGGAAAUAAUGAAGGAAAAUGUCGCCAGCCAUCAAAGCUCUCACCAAGCACAGUAAUUAUUUCAGAGUCAAGUUUUUUUAGGGUUUUGAAGGAUGUCUGCACUGAUAUUAUUUGAUUUUUAGUUUUUUUUUUUUUUUUCUCCAACACUUAAACUGGCUUAAAGGAAUCAAUUUCUAAGGAUGUUGACACCAAAAUAAACUUAAAUGAAUCGAUUUUUAAGAACGUUGAAGCGAAAUGAGCCUAAUUAAUCCAUUUAUAAAGCUGUCAACACCUAAACUGAUGUAAAUUAGCUUAUUUUUAAGAAUGUCUGGAUUUAAAUGAAUGAUUUUUUAAAAGGAUUUCGACACCUACGCCGACUUAAAUGAAUCAGUAUUUAAGUCUAAUGAUUUAGCUGCUUCUUCAGUUUUCACCUUUGGAUUAUAAACUGGAUAACUACGUCCUUCUGAAGUGAUAAAUGUGGCCAAUUUUGGCUUUUUGACACCGGACAGACGAAAUUCACAGCAUCGAGAGGACAUCUGGACCUCGCCUCCAUCUGUCGCCUGUCCCAUCACCGCCAUGGUGAUGUCACAGGGCACCUACACCUUCCUGGCCUGUUUCGCCGGCUUCUGGUUGGUCUGGGCCCUCAUCGUCAUGCUGUGCUGUUUCUGCAGCUUCUUGCAGCGCAGGCUCAAGCGCCGCCGCGAGGAUCGGCUGAGGGAACAGUGUCUUCGGACGGUGGAGAUGGAGCCGCUCGGCUGUCACGCUACAGGAUACCCCUCUAAUCCCCCCCCUCCUCCUCUUCCUCCCCCUCCUUCGGUGCCCAGAGAACCUCCACAGUUCUGUCCUCCACAGACUCUGUCGCCUCCUGUUCCUCUGCAGAUUCCUCAUCCCAUGCCGCAAGCAAACUGGGUCACCAUGCCAGAUACAGACGUGUUUGGGAAACCACCCUGCUAUGAGGAGGCCGUCCUGAUGGAGGACCCCCCUCCACCGUACAGCGAGGUGCUGGCGGACCCGCGGGGGGGCACCUACCUGAAGCCCGCCCCUCUUCGAGCACCACCACCCCCGUCUCUAUCUGUGCGAGACCACCCUGAUCCUGCUCCAGUGUUUACCUCAGAGACCAGUAAACCCCCUCCCCAGGUCAACAUGUUCCCAGAGCGGGGCUACUCCUCCCUGAUCCGCCUGCCUUCGUCGCAGCGCUGGGACUCCCUGGGCCACCUCCUGUCCAACAUGGACCUCAACCAUAACACCCUCACCCCCCCAGGCCUGGAGUCCCGUUCCCUGCAGGCUGCUGCUGCCAUGGCGACCAUGCCCCGCCGGGAGACCAGGACGCAUCACAACGAACUGGGGCUAAGAGGAGGGGGGAUACAGGGACUCAGAGGGGGGCUGCCAGUGGGGAUACGAGGCUUUCAAGGGGGACUGCAGGGGGUACCUGGACUACGGGGGCUGGAGCCCACCUGUGGCCUGCCCACAGCCUUUCCCUUGCUGGGUAGGAGCACCGCUGUGUAGACCUGAACCCUCAAACCAACUGUUAACUCGGUCUAACAUUGAGGAGCUCUGAUUGCGGAGCUCCACGGACAGAUCCGCUGUCUGCCUGCCUCCGUUCUGGGGCUGAAACUGUUAGAUGUAGAGAUCUCAUCCACUAGAAGAGCUAAAAGAGGCUUCAAGUGCCGCGAAGGAGUCGCAAGAUCAAUUAACCGUGCAGACCGUGGGCAAAGGACUCCACUUCCUCUGCUGGUUUUCAGCUGUCAAUGUGGGUUUAAGAGGAAGUCCGACCCUGGUUGUAGUACUACAGUAAUGUCAGAGGGACCAGGGUCCAACAGGUUGUUCACAUUUAGUCUGGAUCACAAUGAUCGCAUGUUGUUCUUAUUUAUCCUUUUAAUGUUGUCGCUGCCAGAGUGUAGAAUAAAACAAGAUGAACACUAGACAAUCCCACAGUCACAGAGGAGGAAAGUAUGUAAUAAGAAACAUUCGUUAAUGUAUUAAAGGAUAGUUUUCAGGUACCUGUACUUCAUUUUUGUCACACAUUUUAACACAAAUAUAUGUACCUUAUACUUCAUACAAAAUGUUUAAUCUGGAUCAGGACAGUGUUGAUGGUAGAUGGAUUUUUAUUUCUUUACCUAAUCAGUCCAAUGUGCCUCAUUUACACAAAUACACUUAGACUUUGUGGACAGGACCAGGAGAUCAGACCAGUUUGGGAAGACCCCUUUUAUAUCCUGAACCACAUUC